GUGACGUCAUCACGCACGGUGACGUCAGACCGUUCGCCCGUGAAUGAAUGAGCGGCCCCGGCAGCGGAGAACAAAGGGCGAAGCGAUUCGUGGAAAUUGAAAGAAGACGAAGAUUAGUGCCUUUCAUCGCAGAAAGGGGGAUUCCACAAUAUGUCCAGGCGCAUCCCGUAUGCUUCCUCUCCUGCCCCGGGUGUCUCGACGCUAUCGCAAGCUGCGAGCACACCAGGAUAUGUGGGCAUCAACAUUUACAGCCACUUGGCUUAUAACAACUACAAGCUGGGAGGAAAUGCAGGAAGCAAUGCAAGAUCCAUGGCCAGCGGUAUCAAUGUCCCAAAAGCCCCAAAGGCUCCAGACAAGCCCCUCAUGCCUUACAUGCGGUACAGCAGAAAGGUUUGGGAUCAGGUUAAAGCAGCCAACCCUGACCUGAAGCUCUGGGAGAUUGGGAAGAUCAUCGGCAGCAUGUGGCGGGACUUAAGUGAGGAGGACAAGCAGGAAUAUCUCAAUGACUACGAAGCGGAAAAGAUCGAGUAUAAUGACUUGAUGAAGGCGUACCACACCUCGCCAACAUACCUGGCCUACAUCAACGCGAAGACGCGUGCGGAAGCGGCACAGGAGGAGGAAAGUCGACAGAGGCAGCGUAUGGAGAAGGUGGACCCAUAUGUCAGCAUCCAGCCUGCCGAUGACCCAGAUGAUCACGAUGACGGAUCCUCCUUAAAGCACCUCGGGGCUUCGCGCUUCCAGCGGAACCACCGCCUCAUCAAUGAGAUCCUCAGCGAGGUCGUGGUCCCAGAUGUGCGCGUGGUGGUGACCACCGGACGGAUGCAGGUUCUCAAGCGCCAGGUGGACUCGCUCACCGUGCACCAGAGGAAAUUGGAAGCAGAGCUUCUUCAGAUCGAGGAACGCCACCUCGAGAAAAAGAGGAAAUUUCUGGAAAACACAGCAACAUUCAACAGCGAAAUGAAAAGGCUGUGUGGCAUGAAGGUGGAGGUGGAUCUGGAGCGGAUCCUGGCAGAGAUGGAGGCCCUGCGGCGGCAGCAGAGAGAGGAGGCUGCAGCUAAGGCCGCAGCGGCUGCAGCAGCGACAGCUAAGGCUGCAGCGGCUGCAGCGAGCGCGGCACUUGCUGCCGUGGAAAAAUCUGCAGCAAAGCCCGAUGAUGCGCCAGCGGUCAACGGAGAUACAACCGAAGCUGCCGCAGAAGAGGAGAUGGAGACCGACGUGGGAGAGGGAGAGAAACUGCCUGCCCAACAGAUGGAGAAGAGCCCCUCCUCCACAGGCUCUGCAACGGGGAAGGUGACUCCUCCCGAGUCCCCUAAUGAGGCCGUGGCCGAAGUGGCGGUGGAGAGCGUCAAGGAGCAGCAGACAAAGGCAACACCUUCACCGGAGGAGGAGAAGGAAGAGCAGAAGGAGGUGAGGGGAGGGAAAAAGAAAAGGGCCGAUAAAACAAAUUUAAAAAGGGUGGAAGGAAAGGAAACGAAAGGCGAAGCUGCCAACUCGGGGAGGAGGGGAGAGGCAACGGGAAGGGAGAUACAAAAUGGUAGCUCUAGCGGUGACGGAGACUCGGGAUAACCUUGAAUAUGAGCAACACAAUGCCACUGAAGAGAUAUCUUGUCUUUACCUGCAUAUGGCACCAUUGAACUCACUCAGAUGGCAGAACAUACGUUUGUUUAAAAAGAAUGAAACUUAUAAUUUCCAUUUGGUUAUUUUUGUUGUUGCCAAUUUGUUUGACCAGUGCAACAUUUUGCUCUGCUAUAUUGCAUUGGAAUGUGUCUGGUGUUUGUUGUGUGUUAACUUUCAUAAGCUGUUUCCAUUAUCACUGAAUAUUCUGCUUUAGGCAGUGCGAGUUGAUGGAAGUCUUUUCACCAGCGUAAUACCACGUCUAGUUGAAGAUGCAGAAAUCGAAGCGAAACACGUGGAGAGAUAUUGUUCUGGAACCCUGGGUUAUGUUGGGUGCAUCAAUGGACCAGCUGCAAAAUAGUUUAUUGUGGCUUUAGCUUAAUUAAUCAAUAAUAGAUGUUUUGUAUCUUGUAGAGUUUCAAUUGUAUAACUUUGUUUAGAUAUUUUAUAUUGUUCACGAGUACGAUUGUUUUUUUCAGGUUUAUAACUGCAAAUAGAUGAAGGUAUUCUAAAAGCAUUCAAGUUAGUUCUCAGGGGUUCUUCUCAGAAACAGGUUCAGGUAAUGUUGAUUAUUUAAAUCUAACGCCAACGUUAUUUUUUGCAAGAUGGUUUACUUUUAAUAUUUAAAAAAACUAUUAAAAUAUUGACCAAUA